AUGGACGCCCAAGCUGCAACUUCAUCGCAGACCACACCGACACCUCGUCAUGAGAGUUGGACUCAUCCUCUUGACCACCUGCAUGUUUCACAUCAACGGAUUAUGGUUACCGAGAACUUCGAAGCAAUUCUCCAGGCUUUACGUGAAGCAGCACGCUACGAUGGCUCCGACGAUGGCACUGGCCCUGUCAGUUUCAGCAAAUUGGCAUCAGCAGGAAAACAAUUCUUUUCCGGUAUCGGCCGCCUGAUUUCUAGAACGUUCGACGAAGAGGAAAGAAGAGCGAUUGCAAAUGGAAUUCGUCAAUUCUUCAAUGUCACCACAACACCAUCGUCUCGCUUGUCAAUCUCAACGGAUCAAACAAGUAUCACUCCGCACUUUACAACACCGACUUAUCCAGUGCCUGAGCGUACUGCAGUGACAGCACCGACCGUUCGAAGCAGCACUUCGCGAAUGACAGCUUCAACAAGUAGAAGCCGACCACAGACCUAUUCGACCUAUAGCCCGGUGUUUAUUUGGCCGACGUCAGCGACGUCCACCGCACGCGCUGUGAUCACAAGGAAGCCGUUCACGUGGAAGCCAGUACUGCCAAAUACUGAAAGAAAUAUUCCAUUUUCUCCGGAAGAAACCAUUUAUUCCCACACUACUAGUGAGAUGCCAGCAACCAUCGGCAACAUUCCAUUUCAUGUCAAGGCUAUGAAGUUUACGCGACCGAUUCCACCAGCUGAGCACUCUCCACUCAUUGCAUCGGAGCCAGGCAAACGUUGUGAAGUUCGACUUGAAAGCUAUGACACUACUGAUCCGAUACUUCAGUACGCUUACAGUCACUCAACAAUUAUUGACGAGUACAUGCAAGGCUUACUCCGGGAGACGCACAAGGCAUCAUUCCCAGCCACGCUAUCAUGGCGCAAUUCUGUGACUCCGGAAGUUCUGCAAUUGGCACAGUCCCUCAUGUUGCUCUACAAACCAUCUAGAUGCCUUGUUAUAGGAGUUUUUACUGGCUUUGCUCUGCUCGGGAUCGCUGAACAAGUGGACUACAGAGGUGUGAUCAUAGCUCUCGAGCAUCCCAAAUACGCUCAUCUCUGGGAAAACGUCGGCAUGAAAUACGCAAAAAAGAUGCCUCACGCUCAAAUGUCUCGAAUCCACGUGCGAUCAGCAGAGUCGAUUGAUCGCUCGUUGUCAAAUUUGGCUGCCAAUGAACCUAACACGUUCGACUUCGUUUUCCUGGAUGACUUUGAGCGUGAGAGCUAUUUGGACGACUAUGAACACGCUGUUCGUCUGCUCAGAAGCGGAGGACUUUUAAUAAUUAAUAAAGCUUUGAACAAUGGCGGCGUUCUGUCUGGUAUUGAAGUGAUGUCCGAUGACGAUCGAGCAAUAGCCAGUAUGAAUGGCCGGAUAAAACACGAUGCACGGGUUCGUGCUUCCCUUUUACCGUAUGGUGGAGGUGCUUGGAUCAUUGUAAAGAAAUAG